CUCAGUCACUACCCGCAACAGCCCACAACAACUCAACAAGUCGAUCAGUUUUGAACUUGGAAAGACAAAACAAGCAACUGACAAGACAGAAAGCAGCAAACUUUACUCUCCAACUGCUCACUGCAAGUUUUCCCUUCUCUUCGGCGCUUCUGCUUCCACUUCAUUUUUCUCUGUACAUGAGUUCUAUAUAAAGUCUGCACAAUUUCUGAACAUGCAGCAAGCCCAUAUUUGUUCAAGAAUGUCGAUUUCCCUUUACCACAUCUCCGUCAAACUUCCAGGACUCAACAACAGAAAGAUAUGGAGAACAUAUGGGUCUAGGAGGGAAGUGACAACAGUAUCCAUGUCAUCAGUUGUGAAUCACAUACCUGCAGCUCCUAUACUCAUUCCAGAAGGACCUUGGAAACAGAUUCCUGGGGGAGUUACAGCUGCAAAGGGGUUUAAGGCUACUGGUAUAUAUGGAGGAUUGAGGGCCCAAGGAGAGAAACCAGAUCUUGCUCUUGUUACUUGUGAUGUAGAUGCUACAUCUGCAGGGGCAUUUACUACCAAUGUCGUUGCUGCAGCACCGGUUGUGUAUUGCAAGAAAGCUUUAGAGAAACUGAGAACGGCACGUGCAGUGCUGAUAAAUGCUGGUCAAGCAAAUGCAGCCACAGGUGAUGCUGGCUAUCAAGAUGUUUUAGACUGUGCUACUUCCUUGGCUGAGAUGCUCCAUUUGAGGCAAGAGGAAAUACUCGUUGAAUCAACAGGUGUGAUUGGUCAUAGAAUAAAGAAGAAAGCUCUUCUUGAAGCACUGCCUAAGCUAGUUGGUUCGCUGUCAUCUACAAUUGAAGGGGCAGAUUCUGCAGCGGUGGCAAUCACAACUACUGACCUUGUGAGCAAAAGUGUAGCCAUUGAAACCAAGGUUGGAGAGACUUGUAUUCGAGUUGGAGGCAUGGCUAAAGGUUCAGGGAUGAUCCACCCUAAUAUGGCAACAAUGCUUGGGGUUAUUACGACUGAUGCUGUGGUUGACAGUGAUGUUUGGAGGAAGAUUGUCCAGUUGGCUGUUAGUCGAAGUUUUAACCAAAUUACGGUAGAUGGGGAUACUAGUACCAAUGAUACUGUCAUUGCUUUGGCUAGUGGGCUUUCUGGUGCAGCAAGGAUAUCUAACUUGAAUAGUCCUGAAGCAUCAGAACUUCAAUCAUGCCUUGAUGCUGUAAUGCAAGGUCUUGCAAAGUCAAUUGCUUGGGAUGGAGAAGGAGCGACCUGUCUAAUUGAGGUAUCUGUGACGGGUACCAGUGAGGAAGCUGAAGCUGCAAAAAUUGCACGCUCUGUAGCAUCAUCUUCUCUUGUCAAGGCUGCUGUGUAUGGUCGAGAUCCGAACUGGGGACGUAUUGCUUGUGCUGCUGGCUAUGCAACUAUCCCUUUCAAUUUAAACAAACUCCAAAUAUCACUUGGAGACAUUGUGCUUAUGAAUAAUGGUCAACCACUUCCAUUUGAUCGGGCGGCUGCCAGUAAGUACUUGCGAAAAACUGGGGAGGAACAUGGUACUGUUGAAAUGCACAUCUCAGUGGGAGAUGGGCCUGGAGAAGGGAAGGCAUGGGGCUGUGACCUGAGCUAUGAUUAUGUCAAGAUAAACGCAGAGUAUACCACAUAAAAGAAUUGAAGUGCAAGUUCUGCCCCUUACUAGUUACUGCUGGCUGUUCGCUAUACGCCCUACGUCCUAAGAGUAUCUGAAAAGAAGAUCCUCUCUUAUCUAUGUUGUGUUCAGCUGAUCGUAUGCAGUAUGCACAUUCUUUUCCUCAUUGAUAAUAUCAAGGGAAACUAUCAUCUAAGUACCAUUUCUGCAUGUAGGAUCAUUCUGGUUAGAAUAAGUUAUUAUUUGAUUGUUUAUCACCUUACUUUAUUGUUCUUUUGGUUGUUGCAUCUGAUACGAGUUCGUGUAUCACAUAUUCAUUUGAAGCUAAGUCGAAUGCUUAGAAUGGAAGCUCUUGAGCCUUUUAUCAUUCUGGCUUUGAUAGUUUGA